AUGUCACACACGGAGUUUGAGGUAGCUGGACGCGGCUUCCCAAGCCUUUCCGUCGAACUGAAAGAUGACUGCUUAUCUGGCCGGGUCCCGUCGAUGACACGGAGGAACAACUUGGGUGCCAGGAGAAACUCUUAUGGACUUCACAAAAUUAACAUGGACAUCGACCCACAACUCUAUGGUGGAGCGCUUUCAAAGGCUCUUUCCGGGUCCGCGGAGAAUAUUUUAACUUUAACGGAGGCCAGAGUUGAGGACCACAAAACGGAGACUCCGUUGGCGUCUCCAUCUCCGGUCUCCAUCCCGGGCGCGAGCAUCACCGGCAGCAAGUCCCCCUGUACCCAAGUCAAGGACCCGGUCACCCCUCUGGUGAACAACUGGAGCUCGAUCCCGAGCCCCAACAGACAAGAUGCCAGCUCGGACUCAGACAAUGAGCUUGUUCAAAACAAACCACACGACGUGUUGUCACGCAGUCCGUAUGAACGCAAAUGGGAACAGGAGGAGAGGGAGGACAUUGAGACCAAAGCUGUGGCCACCUCACCUGAUGGAAGAUACCUGAAAUUCAACAUUGAGAUUGGGAGGGGUUCGUUUAAGACCGUUUAUAAAGGACUGGACACAGAGACUACUGUGGAAGUGGCAUGGUGCGAGCUGCAGACGCGUAAGCUGACCAAGUUAGAGCGGCAGAGGUUCAGUGAGGAGGUGGAGAUGCUGAAGGGUCUGCAGCACCCUAACAUCGUUCGCUUCUACGACUCCUGGAAGGACAACUCCAAGGUCCUCAAGUGCAUCCUGCUGGUAACCGAGCUCAUGACCUCAGGCACCCUCAAAACGUACCUGAAGAGGUUCAAGGAGAUGAAGCUGAAGCUGCUGCAGCGUUGGAGUCGGCAGAUCCUGAAGGGGCUCCACUUCCUCCAUACCCGCACCCCUCCCAUUAUCCACAGGGACCUCAAGUGUGACAACAUCUUCAUCACCGGCCCCACCGGCUCCGUCAAGAUAGGAGACCUGGGCCUGGCCACACUCAAAAGUGCCUCCUUUGCUAAAAGUGUCAUUGGUACCCCAGAGUUCAUGGCUCCAGAGAUGUACGAGGAGAAGUAUGAUGAAGCUGUGGAUGUCUAUGCCUUUGGGAUGUGUAUCCUGGAGAUGGCCACCUCAGAGUACCCCUACUCCGAGUGUCAGAACGCAGCACAGAUCUACCGCAAAGUCACCAGCGGGAUGAAGCCAGACAGUUUCUACAAAGUCAAGGUCCCAGAGCUCAAAGAGAUCAUCGAAGGAUGUAUCCGGAUGGACAAAGAUGAAAGGUACACCAUCCAGGACCUGCUGGAGCACACAUUCUUCCAGGAGAACAACGGCGUCCAUGUUGAGUUGGCUGAGGAGGACGACACGGUGAAGUCAGGCCUGAAGCUGUGGCUCCGCAUGGACGACACCAAGACACUCCACGGGAAGUACAAGGACAACAACGCCAUUGAGUUCCUGUUUGAACUCUACAAGGAUGUGCCAGAGGAGGUGGCGCAGGAGAUGGUAGUGCUGGGCUUCGUGUGCGAGGCCGACUUCAAGCUUGUGGCCAAGGCCAUUCGAGAUCGCGUCAACGUCAUCAAGCGCCAGCGUGACAAACUGCGCCGCCUCGCAGAGAAGAAGAAGCGGGAAGAGGAGGAGGCCAUUGAGGAGGAGCCCAAGCCUGCACUGCAGCCUCCCUACCUGAAAAUCAACAGGUCUCCAUCAAAGCCCCAUCAGAGCCCCAUAGGCGUCCACGCCCCCACCCCGGCCCAGAGCCAGGAUCGCCUCCCCCCGAACCCGCUGACCCCCGCCCUGUCCCCCGUCAACAGCUCUCUGGACUCGGGCAUCAACGCCAGCUUCAUCCAUGAACCUGAGGAACCAGAGGCAGACCAGCACCAGCACUUCCAGGUCCACCACACCAGCUGCUCCUCGGCCAACUCUGACUGCGAGACAGACGACUAUCUCAGCUCCUCUGGCCUCCAGGAUCCCCUGGAGAUAGCGGUCAGCCUCAACUGGUCAACCCUGACCCCUCCCACCCUGACCCAAAACACUGGGACUGGGACUGGGACUACCGCCCUCAACAGACACCCUCAGCACCACUCCAUCCCAGCCCUCCGCUUCCCCUCGAGUAUUGCAGUAUUGGGUAAUAUGGAGCAUGGCCACUCUGGAGGACACUCUACCAGCGGCUUCAACUCACCUGUGGACAGCUAUGCCUCCGACGUGACCUCGGGUUUGAGUGAUGGCUACGAGGGCCUAUCAGAGAGGAGUGGCAAGACUGCUGCCAGGCGCACGGCUGGCAAGCUGUUCCGGAGGAGAGCCCGUUCAAGACUGCGCAUCACUGGGCUCUCUGACAAAGACGACCGGGUGGUGGAGUGUCAGCUGCAGACUCACAAUGACAAGAUGGUUACCUUCAAGUUCGACCUGGACGGAGACAACCCAGAGGACAUCGCAGUUGUCAUGGUACACAAUGAGUUCAUCCUGCCAUCGGAGAAGGAGGGUUUCAUCCACCGCAUGGGUGACAUCAUCAAGAGGGCGGAGACUCUGAUGAAGGAGCACAUGGUUCACGUGGGCGGCAGCCAUGGAGCGCCAUGCCCACAAUACCACAACAGGGUCAACUCAUUGUCUGCGUCACAGCCUAAUCUUCACAGUCACAUUGUGGAGCGGACACAGACUGCCUCCUCUCUACCAGACUUCAGCAUUACUGACCCCAGUGUAGGCGUGCAUGGUUCUCCCUUGGGUCCCGCUGAUGGAGGAGACUUCUUCAGCCCAGCAGACGUAACAUUACCUGCAUGGAGACCUCUAUUACGCUCCCAGUCUUUCCACAACGCCCCAGGUUCUCCUCACUGCCAGCAGCACCACCCAGCCUCCAUGUUCUCCCCAGAGCACCCCCAGCCCCAGCAGCAGCACCCCCACCCCCAGCAGCACCACCCAGCCUCCAUGUUCUCCCCAGAGCACCUCCAUCCCCAUCCCAAGCAGCAGCACCCCCAUCCCAAGCAGCACUACCACAUGCCCCCCUUCAUGGGCCACACACACUUCCCUUUCCCUUAUCCAGUGAACCACGGCUCCCCAAAACCAGCCCAUUCUCCCCUCACACGGGUUGCCAGCAACCCCAUGUUCCCCUCCGUUUACUCCCCAGCCUUCUCCGGGGGCCACCACUCUGAUGCCCCGAGCCCCUCAGAGUACAGCGGGGAGGGGAACCCUCUGUCUCCCUCUGCUCACCCCCAGCACUCCGACAUGUGGCCUUCCCACACACAGCCCCUAUUCUCCCUGGCCAAUGUGAUCUCCAUGGCGAUGAGCAUGGCUCACUCCUUCAUCCCUGCCAACACCCUGGCCAACCAAGGGAUGCCCUCCAUAGCAGGCUUCCACCCCCAGCUUACCCACCCCCAGUCGGGCUACCCAUCCAUCUACUCCCCACACUACCAGACAGCUCCAGUGGAGGUCCCCUACCCUCAGGGUGGGAUGCCUGGUCAAGGAAAACAGCACAGUGUCUACCAGGGCGCAAACACUCCACCACAGAUGCAGAGGGAUGGGUCUGGGUCUGUGUACUCUCAAAACAGACACCCCAGCUGGCAGCAUAACCACAUAUCUCCCUCUAUGAUGGGCUACAACACCCCUCCAAGGAACCCACAGGGGAUGUCACUGCAAACAGUGUCUUCCAAAAGCUUAAGCCAUUUACAGAAUAGUUCCCAGGGAUCCUACAUGGUUCCUCAGGACCAGUCUGAUGUGUCCAGCUCUGCGUCGGGGUCUGACCUGUCCCCCUCGGCACCAGACAGCCCGGAGAGCACAUUAUCAUCGUUCAGCUCAACCACACCGAUGUCCAGACCAAUGGUGCCUGAGAUGAAUGCCAGUGCUCCCAAGCCCAGAGUAUCUCCCAGUUACACAGAUCCUCCACCUGCUGUUGUCACAGUGGGCCGUUUUCAGGUCUCCCCUAGCAUGGAGAUCCCUGUGACUGCUGAACCAGGUGGACAGGGCUCUAACCCCGCCAGGCCCAUGUCAGUGGGCAGCACCACCACCUCCAAGAGCAGCACAGAGGAGCAGGAGCAUUGGGAGUCAGAGACCAACAUCGGCCUGUCCGUUAUAGCGGUGGACUCAGAGGGGCGUGGCCUGUGGGAGGGAGGGGCAGGGAGCCCCACCUACAACUCCGCUCUAAACCACAUGUGGCUGAGCUACAGCCGUAACGUCACAUACCUGAGCAGUGACGACUCAGAGAGUGAGGACAUGUGGGAGGAGCUGCAGGAGAUGAGGGAGAAACACUUGGCAGAGGUGCAGAGUCUCCAGGCCACCCAGAAGAGGGAGAUUGAAGAGCUAUAUGAGAGGAUGGGGAAGGUUCCCCCUGCGGGGAUUGUCUCUCCUGCCGCCAUGCUGUCAAGUCGCCAGCGCCGCCUCUCUAAGGAAAGGAGUUACCUCUCCUCCUCCCGCAGAAACAGUCUGCAGCGCCUGGACAUGCUCCCCCUCCAAGGUAUCAUUAGGAGGAACUCUCUGGGUGGCAGCAGCAGUAGCAGCUCUCUGGAGAAGCCCUCUAAAGGGGUGACUUUUGCAUCUGACGUCAGUAGAAUGGUGGGUUUACACAUUGUCCUUACAGGGUCCGAAUACUUCUACUUGCGUUCUAAAUAG